AUGCCCGAGGAAAGUAAGCAACCAUUGCCAAUGUCCAAAGAUUGCAUCUGUAGCAAGACACUAGUCGAACAUCUUUGUUAUUCGAACUACCUUGCUGGUCCAAAAGCUCUUGUUGCAUUGACCAGACAAAGAUUUUGGUCCACCACAAAUUUUCAUUUUAUACCCCCCAGGGCACCCCACUUAGGUGGAAUUUGGGAGACGGCCGUUAAAGUUGCAAAGGGCCAUCUCUAUCGCAGAUUAGGAGGUGCCAAGCUCUCAUUCGAAGAACUGUCAACUGCGCUGCUGGAGAUCGAGGCCAUAAUGAACUCCAGGCCAAUAACUCCGAUGUCCACAGAUCCCAAUGACGUUGAAGCCCAAACGCCAGCUCAUCUGCUUAUUGGGUCAUCACUAAAAGCAGUUCCUCAGCCAAUUUGA